CACAACGGCGAAUCGCACUAAUCGCACAGUGUUGUGAUAAAUUAUAAAAAAAAACUUCAUAAUUUAAAUGUGAAAGUGUUAUAAAGUGCCAGAAAACCCCUUAUAACAAAAAUGUCUUACGCAUUAAUACGCCAUUUGCGCCGAACGGCGUUAAUUUCACAUCAAAUUCGCCUGGAAUCCACCAUGACCAACGUAACACAGGAAGACUAUUUAAUCCGACCUCCGUUCGCACAAUGGACCAAAGUUAUAAGAGAAGCAGAGAAAAUAGUUGGAUAUCCGACCUCUUUCAUGAACCUGAGAUGGUUAUUGAGCGACGAAUUCGCUAAUAUGGCUAUGCAUUUACGCAAAGUAGUUGGCAGCAAUCAUCCAAUCAUACAAACAGCCAAAACAGUCCUCUACAACGAGCACAACAACCUCCAACCAUGGGGUCUGGUCAUCCUGCUACUCUCCAAAGCUAUCCGGCCUCCACAAUCAAACUCCAUACUCCACUCCUCCUCCGAGCAGCAGAGGACACUGGCAGAGCUCACAGAAAUGAUCCGUACUGGGCAUUACGUCCAUCGAGGCUUACUCAACAUAGAAUUUAAUGAGCGAGGCAAAAACACAGAGACGUCCAUGUUUGCCAACAAAAUAGCCCUAUUAAUCGGUGACUAUUUACUCGUAACAGCUAACGGUAUGCUAGCACGAUUAAAGAACCAGGAUUUAUCGUAUCUUAUAUCAACAGCACUUAGAGAUAUCAGUGAAGGAGAGUUUUACGGUGAACGGGAUAAACAGAACAUGCCGUUGCCAGGGAAACCUAAUCAAAUAGGAGUGGAUGAGUUUGAAAUAUGUGCGGACACACUACCUUUAGCUACGAAAGGUGUUUUAGGAUCACCGAUUAAAGAGUGGACUUUACGGACUAUGUAUAAUGGUGGUUCUUUGUUUGGUAGAGGUUGUCAAGGUGCUUUACUGCUAGGAGGCCAAGACUUAACAGAGCAAGAGAAGGCUUAUCAGUUCGGUUGCCACUUAUGUUUAGCCUGGCAAUCCGCUAGCGAGUUACAAAAGUUCACGUCUGAAAAUAAGGAGUCUUUUUCUUUAGCAAGCGCGCCUGUGUUAUUUGCCUUAAAUGAAAAACCAGAUUUGUAUAAAAUCAUAGAUAAUUCCAAAGACAAUGUAGCUGAUGUAGACUUCCUAUAUUUGAAAGGGGAAGUGUUAAGAACAGAUGCGCUAGAAAGGACUAGAUUACUUCAUUUAGAAAAUGCUAGGAAAGCCGAGUAUUUUGCUGACAUGUUUGGUGAUAAUGAGUCAGUGCAUACAAUUAAAAGGUUAAUAAAAAAUCUAUAAAUAUG